CAAUUUGUUGUUCUGUCAAAUCAAGCAAUUGGUUGAUUAAACUCGCUGAAAAUGGUGCACGGCGGCGAGGUGUAAGAGUCGAAAACCGCUCUUAUGUGUCGGAAAGUGGAUUGAAAUCGAAUAGAAUACCGUCGCGUCCUGCCAAAAAAUGAUGGAGAGAACAACCAGUUCUUCGAGUGGCACUCCGGGGGCUAAGCAACCCUUGACCCCUUCCUCACUCGUAACUGGCCCGUUGUACGACAGGUCCAUCAGCUGCGACGCCGACCACCACCACCACCAGGGACAGACGGGUCACCACAGUGGCAAGCAGCCGCAACAUUCCAAGUCCUUCCUCCACAAUCACCUGGCGUCGUCUACUACUAAUGCCAACAAUGCCAGUCUCCAAUGGAAGUCAGCAGAGGAUAUAUUUAUGUCCAGCAGAGGAGCUAAGAUGACCGUGGCUCCAUCUGGGGAUACAAAUGAAGGCGAAGAAGGAGACAACAAUCAAGCGCCCAAGGUGUCUAACAAUGGCCAUCGUCUGGUGAACUCUGUGUCAGCUUACCCUCUUGCCAACACCAACACUAACGCUGCUGUCUCUCAGAGCAUGUCCAAUGCCACCCCUGCUGUUUCUACCUCCACCAUAGCUUCCACUUCAUCCUCAUCCUCAUCGUCAGCUGCCUCUACCACCUCCUCCGCUCAUGUUGUUACUCAGUUACCUCCAUCGUCAUCUAGUUUGGCCAUGUCAGACUCACACACAAAUACAAGUUACACAAAUAUGGGUUUCCCACAAAACACUGACGCCGUCAGCUCACAUCCAACGAGUACGCCUGUGUGUGGUGGAGAGGCAGGUCUUGCUCGUUGCAACUCUGUGGGAGGAGUUGCACCGCUUGACUUAUCUGGGAUACCUCCCAUUACCCAAGUCACCCUGCCGACACCUACAGAAAAUGGAGAAGGCAGAUUCAGCCAAAGUCCUGUACCAAGCCCAAAUCCGAGCCCCACCUUAAGAAACAGACAGACUUCCUGUGAUAGCAGUGAUGAUAAAGUGAUGAGGAAUGAAUCUUACAGCUUUAUCUCGAGAGAAGGCAGCGUAGAACCAUCUUUUGUGGAAAUCUCGGAUAACGUGUCUGGUGAAAAGCUGUUGGACUCCGUGAGCAGGUCAUCAGAGUCCAGCAGAUCAGUUGAAGCCCCUCGUACCCCAGAGAUCGGCAGUAGUAUUAAUGGAGUGGUCAUCAAAGAACGAGAAAGGAAGGAGUCACGCGAUUCUAAAUCGAGUGACAAGAAAAGCAACAAGGCUUGGUACAAAAUGCUUAACCCAACUUAUAAAAGCCGAUCUGAAGACCUCAAAAGAUUAUUCAAGGACCUGCCAUCUGAUGAGAGGCUUAUUGUUGAUUAUUCGUGUGCCCUGCAGAAAGAUAUCCUUGUACAUGGCCGAUUGUAUGUCACCCCUAAUUACUUUUCCUUUUAUUCCAAAAUAUUUGGAUGGGAAACUUUUGUUUCCAUCAAAUGCAAGGAAAUCAUCGCAAUGACGAAGGAGAAAACGGCUCUGGUCAUCCCCAAUGCUAUUGAGAUCAAGACGGAAGGUGAGAAGCACUUCUUCACGUCCUUCGCGUCGCGAGACAAAACGUACCUGAUGCUGUUCAGGAUAUGGCAAAAUGCCCUGAUGGAUCAGCAAAUGAGUGCAACAGAGCUUUGGCAGUGGGUCCACUCGAGCUACGGCGACGAGCUUGGACUCACGAGUGAUGACGACGAUUACGUUGCUCCUUCCACAGAGGAUGAUUCAAAAACUAACUUGCACAGUAAUUUUGACUCUACCUAUAGUACAAGUGGCAACCCAAAACUCUACAGCAUCGAUUCCUUGGACGAGACGGGCCCUGGGGAACAAAGUGCUGGAGAGGGCCAGUCCCACAACAUAGCAAAAAAUGGCAAUGGUGAUUCAGAAACCUCGGAGAUGGGUGGGCCCCCCAAGUCUCACCCUCCCAAAACACCAUCUCCUACAAAGUCGCCACAGCACCACGUACCGCCGUCGGCCUCGGCUCCCCAGCCUAACGAUGGCAUCCCCACUGACAUGUCUGAUUCUACAGAUACGGAACCAGACAGUAAGGUGACAUGUCUGCCAUCUGGAGAGUCUGUUGUCUGCCCUAACUUAACUACACACCACCAGGGGAGGGAGAUUAUCAACACAGUCUAUGCAUUACCUGUGGAUACAGUCUUCACUUUACUUUUCACCAAUUCCAAAUUCAUGCUAGAUUUAUACACAGCAAGGAAGACUUCAGAUGUGGUAGCGAGCGCAUGGCAGAGUAACCCCGAAACAAACCAGAAGAUUCGUCAGGUUACAUAUACGUUGACAUUACCACCAAAUAAUUUUGGGCCAAAGGUGUCCCACGUUACAGAGACUCAGGUUGUGUCACCAUUCAGCAAACACGGAGAAAUAUACACUGUCGAUGCUGAGGCUUGCAAUGCUGGCAUUCCCUAUGCCGAUUCAUUCUUCGUUUCAAAUCACUGGUGUCUGACACGAGAAUCUGCUACCGAGACCAGAAUCAGCGUCUGGUCCCAAGUCAAGUACAAAAAGAAUGUGUGGGGUUUCAUGAAAGGUGUCAUUGACAAGAAUGCAUACACCGGGGUGGAAUCCUUGCUGAACGACAUUAACGCAGCCCUUUUAGCUGAGGUAGACCUUUCAAACCUCAAAAGAACGAGGCGGAGACGAAGGAGAGUGGGAAGCAAGGGUGAGCCUCCUGAUGUCCUCCUGGCAUCCCAGGUGGAUAAGGUCAAGGAUAUUCAUAAAUCGACACAGAUUCCUCAGAGGAAGUUGACAUUGCCAACAGUAACUCCAGACAAUGGAAUGUCGUCAAAUGAAGGACCUGUAAGAGUUGUGGUGGCCACUCUGGUAGUCCUAUUGACACUCAAUGCUCUUCUCUACUACAAACUUUGGGCUCUGGAGGAAAAGGUUGUUCUUCAUGGUUCUCCAUACCCAUCUUUUGAUCCUAAGCUUUUCAGAACUGGGUCAUCAAGUGGACCUUUGGAAGAGUGGGUCAGGAUACUGCAGCAUCAGGAAGCCUUGCAUGCUGCAGAAGUGGAAAGAUGGAGGAAGUCUAUAGAAGAAGCAGCUGGUUUCCUGAGAAAAGCUGAAGAAUCUCUGAGGAACCUGCACACUUCUAUACCUCCCCAACACGCCUCCAAGAUUCAGUUUUUGUUGAGACAGAUUCAAAAUUUACACGAGGCUGAGUCUCAGAGGAGAUCGUCUGAAGGCAGAGACUCCUCCAACAGUCCACCAGUGAUGCACAAGAGAUCUGAAGAAGUGCAGGAUUUUACCAGUGAUAGUGCAUAUAGAAACUCAAAAAUGAAUGAAGUGAAUUUGGAGUUGUAACUUUUUUGUAGUUUCACAUUAUAUUCCUUCCCCUCCCCCUCCUUGAAUAAUUUGCACUGGUUAUCAUAAAGUAGAUUGUUGCUCCUCUUAGAAAUGGUAAGAAUUACGUACCUCUUAAAUUCCUCUAUUCUUUGUAUUCGUGGCAUUUUCGGUGACGAAAAUGUCAUUUGGGGUUUGCCAAGCACAAUAUUUCUUCCAAAUAUAGAGGUUAAGGAGUUCGGUGUAGUGUCUAAGUUCUUGGGCAAUCAUUUAUCUUAACGGUUUGGUAAUGCAGUGUAUUAAUUUUGCACCUCUAUGCCAAAAUUUAUGAAAACUUGAAAAUGAUGGUGCAGGUUAUAAGUAUUGGUAGUAGUAUUUUAUAUUUAUUGCGUUUCGGGGAAUGGUUAUUCUACUUAUCAGUUAUUGAAACGUCAUUUAGGCGAGACCUGUGUUGAUGUAAAAAGUCUGUACUUAUCGAAGCGUAGAUGAUAUUACUUAUUUAAAAGUUCAUAUCACUGUUGUUAUUAAAUUUUGUUUUAGUGUUUCGAGGUUGUGCAACUUACUUCUUCAUUCCACAGAGUGAGGAAUAGUUUUAGAUCAAUUGUUUUUAUUUUGAGUUGUGUGUCUGGUGUGAAGAAACAUUAUUUCUUUUUUUUCCACAAGCUGUUUUACUGUAGUAGUGACAAUAUUUGACAUAAAACAUCAGUAAUAAUGAAUUUAUUUACUAGUAGCAGCAAUAAAUGCAUUCCUACUUCUAGUAUAGUAAUAUAUUGCUUUUUCAACAUAGGAAGAUUAUUUUCCGAGUUUCUUUUUUUCUUUGGGUUUUCGUAGGGUAACACCCAUAAUGGUAUGCAGUUUUCUUUUUAUCUUAUUAGAUGCUACAGCACAUGCACUUUACUGUCUGUUAUCUGUGAUUACAUUUGUUUUAUGUGAAGACGGAAAUAUUGCCAUUUAUUGCCUUCGUAAGAAGUAAGCAUUGAAAAGAGUACUACAUUUGCAUCAGUUUUCAAGGCUUCAUAUUUUUAGGUCUUGCAAAAGCCUGCCUGAGUACCGUGCUUAAGAUAAUUAUUUGAUAGAUUUCUAAUAAAUUGUCAAACCAGAAUUUAUAUAUAAAGUGCAUGCAUUUGGUUGCAUGUAAUCAAUGUACAAAGUUUUCCUGCUUUGAGGUUUAUCAAUACAAUUGUUUACUUUAUGUACAGUAACGGAAUACUUGUACUGUACAUGGCAAGACUGUUUAAAAGUUACAGUUAAUGAAGUAUUAAUUAUUAUACAGUAUAAAUAGAUAGAAAAAUACAGUACGGAAGGGUUGAUAUACAUUAUAGUAAGCACCAGUUCAAUUCCUUUUCUUUAGAAUUUCCAAACCUUUCCAUUUUUAUUUUUAUAAAUAUUUCCGUAUCUUUUUACUUUUCCUUUAAAAUUUCUGAACCUUUCUAUUUUUUUAUAAUAUUUCUUUUUGAUAUCUUUUACUUUUAUGAUAAUAUUGUACUGUAUCUGUAUCUUGGUUUUCUGCAUUCCAUACUUUCUAGUUGAUGGGACUUUCUGUAUUUCUCGUCAGUGAACUCUUCAUAGUCAUCUUCAUGGUGUUAAUAAUUAUCAUUCUUACCAACUAGUUUUCUUUGUUUACAUCAUAUUGUACUCUUUUAUAGUAGUCUUAUGCACAUAUCUUAAUUCUUUUAUUUACAAUUUUUUUUUUUUAGAUUUAGUAGUAGCCUUUCAUUCCAAUAUAAUAACAAAAUGAUAGCAAUCUCUACUUGUAUUUGUUGUUCUUGCUCUAUUAAUAUAUUUCUAUUGUGCUGGAAAUGCAAUAGAUGUACCCAUUAAUAAUGGCUAGAUUCUGCCAUAUUUAUGGUUCAAGUUUUUAAGAUUCACAAACACAUUCAUAGCCCUUAGGCCUGGCAUGAAUUCUUUUUGGGUGUAGGGAUGAAGGUCUGGAGUGCCUAGUUAGAUUAAAGGUCAUGGCUACUCGGAUAUAGUGCUAUGCAAUUUGUGUAGAGUAUCUUCUUUUGCCAUUGCUUGUAUUAUUGUAUCCUAAAGUGUAAGAAAGGGCAGGAUUUUUUAGUCAUACACUUCCACAUAGAUACUUUAGCAUAACCAGUUAGCAUUACAUCAGGCUCUGGGUCUCUCUGAUACUAGUAUUACAGUAGUCUUCAACUCAGAGAAGGCAGAUGUGUAACGGUUGGACAGGGGAGUGGAAACCUAACGAGCCAGAGCCUCUCAAUCAUCAUCUUGCUGCUCAGUAAGGUUUUUGGUUGAAAAAUUGGACUUAGGUUUACUAUUUCCAGAUCAGAGCCAAGGUCUUCAAUCUUUUGUAGAAAGGGUGACUGAAUCAAGAAAAAUGAAACUUCUACCUCUCUCAAGAAGGCUGAGACAAACAAAUGCAAGUUGCAAAAAGCUGACCAAAAAAAAAAAAAAGCUUUUAUGCUGGCCCUAAGGUUUAAUGACUGUAUCUGGUUGACAUUUUAUUGUUUAAAGACUCCAUUUUCUCUCCACUUACAAGAACUUGUAUUUAGGGUAUUUGCAUCAGAUCAGUUAAGUUAUACUACAGACCAUAAUUUUUAGGUUUUAUAAGCUGGUUACUGAUUUUGUCUUGUCUGGAAAGGUUUGUUUGCCAGGUACAUAGCCAAGUGUUUAAAUGAUGUUUUAACUAGUCAAAUGCAUGAAUAUGUAUACGUGAAUAAUUUUAUUGAAUUUGACUUAUUCUUUGGCUUCAUUCAACUACUUUGUGAUGGUGAUAGCAAUGGUGUAAUGAUAUUAGUUUGGUUGGCAACAAGCUUAACAAAUUGUCUAUGGGCCAAUCUAGUCAGCUUGUCAUAGCCAGUCUUUUUUUUUUUUUUUUUUUUUUUUUUUUUUUUUUUUUUUAUUGGUUGACAAGCAGCUAGUCAGUGCAUAGCCGUGCUUGCUAACAUAAGAAUAAAAGCAUUCCGUAGAUUUUAUUUGGUGAACUUGACGCCAUCAGGUAUAAUUUCUGUAAGAGGAAAGUAGUACUAAUGUUGGAUUCCUGGGUCAGCUGAUUUGGUCAUAUGAUGAUAUCAUCGGUGUUUCUGUGUCAGAUUUUCCCUUUUGUGGGUUUGGUUUGAAAUUGUAGUUCUCUCCACAGUUCUUGGAUGGUUUCUUUCUGAAUUAUCAUCUUGUCUAGGCUUUUAUCUAUGCUUUUUUAUACCAUGAUUAUCUGGAUCCUCCUCCUGGUUUCCAUUCUGCUACCUCAGUAUUUGCUAACAUUUUGAUUAACUGCCUAUCAUGAAUUACCCAGAAUGUUUCACUCUUGUGGUAAUAGUAUCUUUUUCCAAGUGGCUUCAUGUUCAGUUGAAGCCUUUUGAUGUAUUGAUUUUUUCUUGAAUUUAUUAAAACGCACCGACAAUGAAAACCUUUCCAUUUGAUUGAAACAUGGAAUCCAUCAUAGAAUUCAGAGUGGUUGAGCAUACAUGAGCCUUUUAGCGUGUGUGUAAUAACAUAUUCAAGGUGGGUUCACUUUCUGAUGAUAAAAGACAUUUUCAUAAUGCCACCAUUGUGUAGUGGUCUAGUUCAAGUAUUCGGUGAUGAUAUACCAAUGUAGUAUUCAGUAAGCAAAUCUUUCUACCUCUUAGCUUAGUUACUAUUUUGAGAAGCGCCAUAAGGGCAUAAGUAGUCAGUAAAUAAAGUAGCUUAUGCGGUGCAACUAGUACCAGGGUGAUGCAAAAAACCAAGCAUCAUUGUCUACAUGAAAUUAAGACAUUACAUUUGUCAGACUUUAGGUUAUGUUGCCUGAGUGACCUUUUUGAGCAUUUAUGUAUGAAAUCUUCCAGCAUCCAAAGUUGGGUAUUUUCCUUCUAAAUAGCAAGAUCAACAAAUACAAGUUAAGAUGUUGUCUUCUCACCAAGCACAAACUCUCUCUCUCUUUUUUUUUUUUUUAUUUAGCUAAUUAAAUUCCUACAUUCAUUUUUUGCGACAAUUGCUGAGAUCUUGAAUUUAGGCUAGAGCGAGUGGUGUACUGAAGUGCUUUAGUCAGAUGCUAAAAUUCCUGUGUAAUUAAUUGGUGGAAUAUGCAAGUAGAGGAAGCCAUUAUGGCUAUUUUUAGGAAUGGGAACGGCUUAAGAUGAACAAAGUUUAUAUUGCUUGAGAUAUAUUUAUUUUUCACAAUGUUGCUACAGGAUUGUAUAUAUAUUUGUCAUUAGUCAUAGCAGGAUAUAUGAUUAUUAAGUUAUUACUGUUUAAUUCAUGUUAGUGUUCUAGCUGUACAUUACUUACCAGUCAUGGACAAUAUCCCUAGCAGUGUACAUUGAAAAAAAGAAUGCAUUCUUAACAAUCAUAGAAUGUAUUGAAUCCCUUCUUGUUACAGUAAUACAUGUUUAUUGAUUAUGUUGUGAGUCUACCAUGAGUUUUAGGAAAAUUUAGCCAAGGAAGCUGAUUGGAUUUGCUUUGCUGUGUCACUUCAAAUGGGAGGACACCUUCUGCCGGACAGACAUGGCAAUUAUUACGUGUGUGUGUGUGUGUGUGUGCGUGCGUUUGUGCAUGUGUUCAGAUUCUGUACUGUUUUGGGAUCUUUUGAAAUAUGAGAAAAGCUUGCUUUCCUUUCAAAAUCAAAUCGUUUAAGACUUUGGUUCACACCGAUGCCAAUGCCAGUGUAUUCAACAACGACAAGAAAGAUACGAAGGCCUUUUACCAAAGAACAUUCCACCACAGGGGUGAUGGGCUGCAGCUUUGUUGAUAUCUGAUUAUGUCAAGAGCCUUUAACAAAUGUUAAGAUGAGAUUUCAGGGUUGUAUAUUCACGAAAAUUGCAUAUUAUCAAUUAUAUUUUGGAAUCUUAAAAUAACAGAUGUUAAUGAUUCUUUUUGUUGCAUUUUUAUGUUGGGUAUAACUUGGCUUUUUCUUGAACACUGCGAUAAAUUCAUUUGAGAAAGUGAGGGCUAAUGUAAAGUAUUCCAGAACUGUACAAGUUUAAUUAUCGAAUACCGUCUGAGAAACUUGUAAAAUAAGGUUAUCAUUAGUAAUAUAUGUACCUAUAUAUUUUUUUUUUAGAGAGGACAUGCUGCCUUCCUGUGUCAAUAAGGAAGGACACAAGUUUUGGUCCAAAUUGAAGUAUAACUUGUAUUUUACACAACUGUAUUUUCUUAAAAUGUAUUGAGUUUACAUACAGUUUGUGCAAACUUAUGUAAAAUAUUUAAGCAUAUGUCAUCAUACAGUUGCCAUCAAAUAAGCAAUUCAUAAAAUAUAGAUUAGCUUUGGGGUUGUGUUAAUGUAUCAAAAUACCAUCCAUUCUCUUAAUUUAAAUAUUAUUUGUUAUAUUCUCUUUCUUAAGGCGACAACUUAAUCUUAGUCUUUAGAUUAGAACUGUUCAAAUGCGUUUUUUUUCUAUUAGACUUAGAGCAGACAUUCCACAACAGCUAAUUUAGCUUAGCUACUUUCUGUACUGUUGAUGCUUUUAUUCAGUGAACAAGAAUCAGAGAGAAAUAUUUUUAUUUAGUCUGCAACUUGAGUGUCUGCACUGGCACCAUUGCAUUUAUUUAGUGUAUACAACUACUACGUCAGGAUUCAUGAGAUGUAGUAAAUUGAAAUUUUAUAUGCAAUAGUCAUUUUGUAUUCAACAGUUAAGUUUAAAAAAAUUUAGUGUGGUUUAACUACUGAUGCUUAAUAUAAUGAUAAUAAAAAGAGGUUCAAAGUACAGUUGAAAUUUUUAUGGGAAAAGUAGAUGAAAUAAGUUUUUUUGCUGAUGGUUUCAAGAGGUGUUACAGGAUUUGCAGGCCUAUUAUUUAUUCUGGUAGGGGUCUUUUUGAGAAGUACAGAAAAUCUACAAUUACGUAACUGUUCUCAAUUUUAUCGUACAUUGCCCUCUUUUCUCUUUUUUCCCAGCUACAUUGCAGGCAUUUUCUACUUACGGUAUAUAUUAAAAUCCUUAUAUGGAAUAUUGUUGUCUGUGAUAAGGAUUUCCCAGUUGACUGCAUUGCAGUUCUGUUGCUUACUAAAAGAAUAACUUGAUGUUUUGUUUUUGUGCGUCACAAAUUCUCUGUUUCCAUUUGCUUUGUAAUUAGAAAAAAUACCUUUUAAGAACUAUUAUUUAAGCAUUUCUAUGCAAACCUCUAAAAUAUCAGACAACCCUGAAAUGCAAACAACAUUUUCAUCAUGUAGAAUUAGAUUUAUGAAUUGCAUAUUUGGUGCUUCUGAAUACCUUAACAUUUAUCAAGGCACAUUAAUGGAAUUGAACAGUUACUUUUGGCCCAAGGUCUAAGUAAUAUCAUGAAUGAGGAAAAGUAUUUUUUGUCAGGAGAUUUUGCACUAUGUAUCAAAAUGUUUAGGUUACACUGAAGUACGAGUUUGUUACUUAUAAAUAAUUAUUAUUGUCAUAUGAUUCUUAAGCUUCACAGCUCAUUUGUGUUCAUGCAACUCAUGGCAUCAGGAAGAGACAAAAAAAAAAGUAUACAUACUGUACCUUUAACCUGAACGGGAAUAAUUGAAGACCUGUUUUCCCAUGCAUUUGUUUAGCAUGUCAUAGAAUGACAAGAAGCACAUGUUCUUUAAUCAUGCUAAUGAGUACUGUAUAGAAAUCUAGUAUAGUAUGAGGGCUGUAGACAAUUUCAAACGUUGCAAGUGGUAUCUUGGAUUGGUGGUAAGAAGUGUUAUCACUUAUAAAACUAUGUUUUUCCGUGUGCUUCUUAAUUAUUAUUAUUAUUAUUAUUAUUAUUAUAUUAUUAUUAUUAUUACUAUUGAUAAUUUAUUUAACCUAAAGAUUGUUGUGAAAUGGGAUCACUGCACUGUUUUGGAUGUCUAAUACUUUAUUUAAAGUGUCGGCUUAAAUGCAACUGUGAUAAAAUUAAAAGUAACUGAUUACUCAAGUAUAUUAUUUUAUGAAAGAUGUUUGUGGUUAAUACUAAAGAGCACAAAAAUUGGGUGAAAAAUGUUUAUUUUUGGUAAAAUAAUCAAAACAGUUUAAGAUCUCUCUUAAAUUAAUAAGCCAAGUUAUCCAAAUCAUUCUUCCACUUUUCAAAAGAGAGCAAUCGUAUAAUUCUGGACUUUUGUAUUGUAAAAAGAAAGAAAAGAAAAAGCUGGCUUCAGAAAAAAGGGCAAUCACGCAUUUUGAAGUACGAAUUGUUUUGAAGUUCUGUACAUCUAUGUUUGGGCAAAGUCGGACAGGGUGGAUUCAUGUCUGUGAUAUUAGCAAGUAUAGACUAUGAGGUUGAUGUGGUUUCCAUUUAUAUAAUAGGAUGUUGGAGUAUAUAAUGUUAUUGUAAAUCUUCUGUUGUUCUGUGCAACAGUAUUCAAUUCUCUUUUCAAGUGGAUCACGUGUGUUGGUGGAGAGUGACAUUGAUGAAGAUUCAUGCAUGUAAUACUGAAGUGUCCACAUUCAUAUUUACUUUUAUUUGCACCUCAUUUUUAUCACGGUUUUUGGUCACGAUUUUAUUCUCUGUUUCUGAUAGAGGCGAACUAUGUCAAACUCAGUUCCUAUGUUUCCUAGCCUUCUAAAGAGUGAGGGGAAAUGUUUUAGUGGUUAUAAUAAGUAGUCAGGAGUUUGAGGAAAUAAAUGCUGUGCAUUUAACAUUUUGAAAGUAGAGGUUUCAAGAUUCAUUUGGCAAUGAUAGAUUCCUCUAUUUUUAGUUUACCUCUUUGGACAUCAAACUUUCCCUGGUUAAAGUGAGUGAUACAUUGCAGCCUUUUUUAUGAUUUUAUUUUUUUAUUGAAUUUUUAUUUGAUGAUUAUCUGGGCCUUGAGAUUUACUUGGAUGGCAUUUUCUUCUUACAUAUAAGGUGUCAUUGCUUUAAUUAAAUUAUAUUAUAUGAAACUGUACUAGAUCCUUUUCAGUGUUGUUGGUAAAUCUGGAUGCUUAUUCAAAUGGUGUAAGAUUAACGAGUUUUUUCUUCAGAAUUCUCGUUCCAAGUAAUAUGAAUUAAAAUAUCUCUUGAGAAACUUAUGCAUAGGUAAUUCGACGUCGUUGCUCAGUAAACCAGAUGUAGGGUUUGCCAAAUAAAUAAAAUAUUAGUAUUCUGAGUAUGUAAUGCAUCCAAAUAGUAUCCUUAUAUUAUUUUAAAUGAAAACGGUACAUGGUUACGCAGGGGCCACAAUAUUCCGGGUUUACCUUAUUGUAGAUGUUUUCUGUCUUUUUCUUUUGUGUGUUCAUUUUGGUCUCUUGCCACAUAUCUGCUGUGUUAAACUGCAUGUAACAUCUUUAAUUGAGUCUAUCUCAGAAUUCAUCCAUACUUUUUCAAGUGUGUACUACUUAGAAUUAACACUAUGUCUUUAAUUGUCAUACUCAAAAUUUAACUGAUAAUCUUAGAAGAUAUCCUUUGGGCUAACCCAUGAGAUUAGCAUCAUCAUAGUGAAGAGAUAAGACAACCAACUCCCUUUCAUAGAUGCUCACGCUCACCCAAAAGAUUUACUUAUUAAUUCUAAGUUGAAAUUGGAGCAUGGCAAAUUUUUAAGAAGUUGAACAGUUACUGGAAAGAAACCACUACAGUUGGGGUAUAACCAAGGGGGUACUGGAAAGAACCGCGAGUACGAAUGUGGUCUCGUGAAAUCUGAUGAUACGCAGAAAAGUUUCAGAUUUGGUCAAAUGCCAAGUCAUUUUUAUAGUUUGAAUUAAAUCGUUAAUCAAUUAGUCAAAACAAAAUCUAUUAAAUUCCCUGAAUAUAAGGCUCUAGUAUGUUUAAAACAACGUAAGAUUGUCAGUGUAUGGGUCAUUCAUGACGGCUUCUCUUGCCCUUGACAUCACCUCCAAGUAUUUCUCAAAGGUUGUGUUCCCCACCCUAUGUAAAGUGCAUUACAUAUAUAUAUAUAUAUAUAUAAAAAUAUAUAUCUAUAUAUAUAUAUAUAUAUAUGAUAUUAUAUAUAUAUAUAUAUAUAUAAAUAUAUAUAUAUACUGGUAUAUAUAUUUACAGCACCAUUUAAACAAAAUAUGUAACAGUAGAAAUAAUAUUUUGCCUUAGUUGGAAUGGAAAGGAAGGCUAGGACCCUCAGUCAUAUUAGAUGUAAGUGUGUGGCAAUGGAUGACGAUGCUAUAUUGUUAACAAGUAUUUCUGGUAUAUAAUAUUCCUUUCUUUCUGUUGACUGGACAACUGUGAAUAAGAAAAAAAAAAAAUUGUUACAUUGCUAGAUAACGCUAUACUCUGGAAAGUAUUAGGUGAAAUUGUCAUUUUGCUUUAUAUAGGGUGCAGUUUAAAUUCUAAACAUGAGGUUGGGUUGAAUUAGGCAGAUGAAUAUUAUGUCUUUAAAUGUAUAAAGAGCAAAAAAAAAGCCCUUGUCUGACUGAAGACUAUAAUUAAGUUAUCUGUAUAAAUGAGA